AUGCCGCUCCAUACCAAUACUCAGAGUCUGCGCUCGAGGAAGCCUAAGAAGGAGGGAAGGAAAAGAACCUCAUCCACCGUUUCCAAUUCCACAACAAUCACCCAGGCGGGCCCUGGGCAAAGUCCAAAAAUUAGCGACAAGAGGCCAUCACCAACUGAACAAUCCAAUGCAGCAAAACAAACCGUGAAGCCGCUGGUAGCGCCUGAGGCCCCGCUAGACAAGCCUGUCGAGCCGGCGAAGAAAGUUCCGAACGUAUUCGAGUUUUUGGAAGAGAGUGAUCAAUCGUCGUCAUCGUCGUCAGAAUCGGAAUCUUCUGGUGACGAAGAACCAGCACCCCCAGUGCAUGCCCAAGCUAUCGCUAAGAUCCAAUCGCCGAAGCCUCGAUCGAGUCCCAUCCCGCACCCACUACUGGUAUCUCAGAAGCCUACAUUAACUCCGCCAACUACCACGACAUCAAGAAUCUCAAGUGACUCACGCCCACCCCCACCGGCACCCAGUGCACCGGCGCCAUUAGAGAGACAACUGCAGAUCACUCGAAGACCAGUCCCGUCGCCCAAAGCAUCUCCAUCUCCGAUAGAGCCUCUCUCCUCAGAGAAACAUCAAUUGCAACUUUCCCGACCAGAAAGCUACUACACUUCGACAGACGCAACUGCCCUUCACCGACCACCUCUUCCUCCAUCGCCACCGAGUAGUCCAGAAGACAGCCUUCAUCGGGGCAUAGCGGUCAAACGACGAGACUCAAAUGCACCCCAGAUACUAUCAGGAUAUGGGCUUGUUGCAUCGCAUCUCACCACCUCUGCCACGCAAGAGAAAGCAGCCUUCCCUCCGCUGUAUCGACGCUUUGAAAGCGUGAACCAUCGUGUCUUGUUGCAUCUUCAAGAUGAAAUCUCCCAAAUGGAGGAAGAUCUCCACACUCUCGACGAGUAUGAGGAGAUGCAUCGAGUCGCCACGGCCGAGCAAGAGGGUACCAAACCACAACCUCCCUCACGCCGAGUCGACCUUCAGUCUCAGGCGUAUUCAUCGCUUCAUUACCGGCGCAUGGAUUUGAUGGCUGCUCUUGUCCAGAAGACAGAGCAAUACAAUACUGCACUCAGUGCAUACAGCAAAGUCCUUCAAACUCUCCCUCGCGCCUCAGAUGACGACAUCACCAACUACCGCUCAUGGAUGAAAGAACACAACCCGAUCGCCGCCGCCGAAACCCGCUUCCUCGACCAGGACGCGGACCUGGUCGCACUCACCCCGCGACUGGCAGCCUCCGCCGCCGCAGCACCGGUCUACAUGGCCAUCAUCAUUGCCUCUGGCGCUCUUUUGAUGCCGCUUCUGGCAUUUAGCAUGAUUGCCGAGUUCUCGGGCCGACUCGUCGUGGUGACGGUUACCGGUGGCGCAGCGGCUGCUAUCGCCGCAAAUUAUUCCACGGGUAUUGAAGCCCUGGUGGAUUCCAGGGAUGGUUGGAGGUGUGCAACACUAUACUUUGGCUUCAUGACCAUCGCCGCAAUGUUCAUCCCAUGA